GCGGUUUUGCCUCAGCUUAUUAUUCGGUUUAUUUUCAGUUUUUCACGUGAAGGCUAUUUCAUUUUAUCUCACUCGUUUUGAUACAUUUUUCCCGUUUUAGUGUGGUUUUCAGUGUAUUUUUAACGGUCUUAAGCUUCGAUACUAUCUCUAACAUAGUUUGCGUCAAUACAGCCAUGAAAAAUUCAUGUAAAAGACCUGGAUGCCGUUUCGCUGUUACAUCUGGCAUUCAGUGUGACAACUGCAAAGGUUGGUUUCACGAAACGUGCACAGAUCUUACGGCAACUGCUUACAAGAGACUCAGCAAACCGGACCCUAAGUGGGUGUGUGUUACGUGCAACACGGACGCUGUAGUACUGCUGAGCAACAUCAUUGUUUUACUGACAGGUCUGCGGAAUAAAUUGUCAGUAAACUUGGAAACAGAUAGCCAUAAAAUAGGUAGGCAAACGAGGGCGCGUAACGAAAAUAAGAACAGGGAUGUUGACAAGUCAACCAUCGAUGGAACGCGCAUUAGCAGUAAUGAUGACAUGUUGAAACUCAGCACCACCAUUACGUCGACAAUAAUUGAUUCCCUCACUAAAAUUGGAUCUCCCAGUUCAGGGUCCUUAAACGCAACAGUGGUUCCUAAAAACUCUGUAGGUGACUGCACCCACGCCAACAAAGCUAAUAAGGACCAGGUGUCACCGUCCAAGGUUGACAUCCCAAGUGUUGUACGGACAUCAACUGGUGCUUUGAUCGCUCAGUCUACCCCCAAAAAUGUCCGCCCGGUUAUUAAAAAGCUUACGACUCAAAAACCUGCUUCGACCUCCAAACAACAACGUACUGAACCUGAACGCACCGGAAAACCUGGGAAAACAAUAACGGUCCGUGAUGACUCUCUCAUAAUCAUGAACUUUAUAGACAACCCUGACCUUCCUCUCAGUUUGCAGGACAAAAACGACAGGAUGCUCUGGGGUGAACUGAACAAAAAGCUUGAAUUGCUGAAAAAUUCCCAUUAUAUUAAAACACAAUUAUAUGAACGAAGAAUAUUCUUUUCAAUAAUUUCUCAUCAGGUUCUACAAUUAUAAAUCCAAAUUAAUAAUCCAUCGAAUUGGCCAGAUUUAAGGCAGAGUACAUCAUUUGGAAAUUGUAAUAUGCGAAUUAAGAAUUGUUAUUUGUUAUAUAAAAUCAAAUCAGAUCGUUCAUGUUGGGGCUGACUAAUAUGAAGUGUUAACUUGAAUCAGUUUAUAAGUGAAAUGAAAUUGUGCGAUAAAUAACCAGAAUAAAUAUAGUCAACAUGUUGACUAAGCUUGAACUUUCUAGAUUGGAACCUUUGACGGUCACACGGCUCACUCGGGGAAAGGAAUCUAAACAUCAAAAUCACCCGAGACUACUCCGUGUAACACUCAAGAACGCUACCGAAGUACAGGAUGUCCUGCUAGCUAGUCAUCUACUGAAAUCCGAUAGGAACGUCAGAAUACUGUCCGACAUACCGUAUUCUGAACGUCCCUGAAGGUUCUCGAGAGAAGUUUUUCCGCGGAAGAAAUAUCAUCGUGCAAGGUGUACCGGAAAACAUGGACCCUACUCAAGCAAACUCUGACAUUCGGGAAUGGAAAUUCAUCAAACAGUCCUUGAGGCUUAAAAACAUACUGUCUCAGCAUGUGAUGAGACUAGCCAAGCAGGACGGGGAUAACUUUUCCAUCCUCCCGUAUGGCGGCUGCAACUCUGGAAGCAUUUCGUGUCAACAGACGUCGGUUGCCAACUGGGAUCCAUAUGCACCGGAUAGGCCAUACGACGCCAGGAUCAAGCACAAAGGCAAGCUGGAGCUGACCAUUCAACUUGUGGACUGUCUUCAAGACAAAAAAACGUGUAAAGGACAGGGCC